AUGAGCAAGAUGGAUCACAUAGAGGAGACCUUCUACACGGGGAAAGAGAUAGCCAUUGAGCCUGAUCUUGGAGACUUGCGGAAGUCUACCGACAAGGCCCUGCCGGCGCCGCCCAAGACACCGAAAAGGGUGUUGAUGAAGUACCGGUUCUCUGCUAUCCUUUCGAUCGCAUUCGCGGUCGCAAGCUUCGUCUUCACGCUGGUACUGGUACUGGCGGGAAGCGAUGAGCAUAUGUUUGGUGGACAGUACAUCGUGGCACUGAAUACAACUACGAUCGCCCGAGCGAGCUCGCAGUCAGAUGCAACAUCGAUACGAUCGGAAGGCGUGGACGGCGAGGCACUAGCAGACGUCUACUAUCUCUACCUCAGGACAGUUUGUUCGGGCUCCAUUCCCGAUGCUCAAGACGCUGCUUCCGAUAUCGUUGUUGUAGAACUAUGCGAAAUCUAUAGCGAAGCCAGUGACAGUGAGUAA